CCCCGGCCGCGGGGAGCCGCCGGCACCGUGCCGCUCGGGGUCGGGGGCUUGGCCCGUGGCGGCUGCUCUCCGAGGGGCGAAGCGGGACAGCCCCUCCGGCCAGGAUCGGGGGGCGGUGGAGCCUCGGACCGCCCGAGUCACCCAGAUCCGAGGGUUGCGGGGAAACCGAGGCCCGGAGCAGCACAGCCGCUCGCUCGGCCGUGGAGACCCGCGAGACCGGCCUGCGCCCCGUCCACAGCCCUCGCCGGUGACCCUGGCUCCUUCCUCCCUCGCAUCGAGCUUCAGACCUCUCCGUCUCUUCUGGUCAGCACCUCAGCUAUGGGCACUUUGCCAAAGCGGGUGAAAAUUGUGGAAGUGGGUCCCCGAGACGGCCUACAAAAUGAAAAGAAUAUCGUUCCUACUCCACUGAAAAUCAAGCUGAUAGACAUGCUUUCCGAAGCAGGACUUCCUGUUGUAGAAGCCACCAGUUUUGUGUCUCCCAAGUGGGUUCCCCAGAUGGCUGACCACACUGAAGUCUUAAAGGGCAUUCAGAAGUUUCCUGGCAUCAACUAUCCAGUUCUGACCCCAAACCUGAAAGGCUUCGAGGCAGCGGUGGCUGCAGGUGCCAAGGAAGUGAGCGUCUUCGGCGCAGCCUCCGAGCUCUUCACCAGGAAGAACAUCAACUGCUCCCUAGACGAGAGCUUCCAGCGCAUGGACGUGGUUUUGAAGGCAGCUCAGGCCACCAAUAUCCCUGUACGGGGGUACGUCUCCUGUGUGCUUGGAUGUCCCUAUGAAGGGAAGAUCCCCCCGGCUAAAGUAGCUGAGGUCGCCAAGAAGUUGUACUCAAUGGGCUGCUAUGAGAUCUCCCUGGGGGACACCAUCGGAGUGGGCACCCCAGGGAUCAUGAAGGACAUGCUGUCUGCUGUCAUGCACGAGGUACCUGUGUCUGCCCUGGCUGUCCACUGCCAUGACACCUAUGGCCAAGCCCUGGCCAACACCUUGAUGGCCCUGCAGAUGGGAGUGAAUGUCGUGGACUCUUCCGUGGCAGGACUUGGAGGCUGUCCCUAUGCACAGGGGGCAUCAGGGAACUUGGCCACUGAGGACCUGGUCUACAUGCUAACCGGCUUGGGCAUUCACACGGGUGUGAACCUUCAGAAGCUCCUGGAAGCUGGAGACUUUAUCUGUCAAGUCCUGAACAGAAAAACCAGCUCCAAAGUGGCACAAGCUAGCUGUAAACUCUGAACCCCCGGGGACUGCGGGGAAGCAGGCGCAGACAUGGAUGAUUCCUGGGCGGGCGGGAAUGGACAAGAAAAUGAAAGACAGGAGAGGGCCUCACACCAGCUCCGCACACAGGUCUGCCAGCCCGCCCUGCCGGACCUGAGUAGGAGCCAGUGGCCUUGGGGAAGGAACAGCUCCCUUCAGUGUGGACCCAGUGGCCCAGGAGUCAAGAGCCUGAGGUCACAUGGAACCUACUGAGAUGAUCCUUAAGUCUCAUUCUGGGUGCACUUGCCAGCUGGCCAGUCAUGGGGCUCCAUCCUACCACAGCCUUGGGGCGUUGCUCUCUGCCUUCUUAGGGCAAGGGGUGGGGAGUUCUCCUCAAAGCUAGCAGAGAGGUGAGGUUGAGCUACUGUGGGGGCCAUCUGCUGACUCCAUCGUCCCUGGAAAGUCUUCACUCUGAACAUGAUUUUUGAAACAAGCUUAUGUAAUUAAAGGUUUAAUUUUCCAAUA